AUGGCCCGUCUCCGCUCUGCCUCCAUAAGCUCCACCUCCACCUACGCCCCAAUCCUCAUCAACCCACUGCCCACCCCCACUCCGCCUCUCACCUCACAGAACUCGUCCCGUCGGCCCUCACUGCGUUAUGCCUACCCGCUCGUGUUUAUCGCCCUUCUCGACUGUCUGCACAUCGCGCAGUAUCUACUGGGAACUUCGGCCAAACAUCAUGCCUCUCUUCCAGCCUAUAUUACUACCGCGGCCUUUGCACGUGCUGCCCUUUGCUCGGCGGUAGCUUUCACUCGCAAAUGGCGUACUCGAGGUGGCUGGAUUGGUGCAAGUAGCGGAAUUAGCCUGACCGUGGCGACCUGGGAAGAAUGCAGGAGAGUGCUCGUCCGGGGAGAUAAUGCACAUGGAGAUAAAACGACUGUAGACGGAGAUUUGACGUGCUUUCUGGGCAUCUUUGGAGGGUUCGCAGUCUGUGAAUAUCUGCUCUUCUUGCUGUUGCUUCGUAUAUCGCCGCCUUCUUAUAAGACACACCCUCUCGCUCUUCGCCUGCCACAGACGCAUACACAAUCACCCAUGCCUUUUGGCUUUGCAAGCGAGCGAGCCACGGUCACCCCGGGUUCUUUUCGAGACAGGGUGCGUGGCCAUGUCAGAGGCGAGAGUGGUAUCAGCGAAUGGACUAGCGAGGGUGGCGGCGGGGGCCAAGAAGAAGACGAUGUCUUUGGUGGGGUGGACAACGACGAUGGUGAUGAAGAAGAAAGCAGUCUUCUGAAUGAAGACUACUUCUCAGAGCUCUCUGGCGAAUGUCAUCCCUCUCGCUCGACAUAUACGCAUUGUCGUCACCGCUCGUCAAGUUCUCAAACAGACUCAGGCGCUGGUGAAGAUGAUGGGGAAGAUGCAGAUGAUUCUGCUUCUUCCAUUUCAUCUUCUUCCAUCAUCGACCUUCCUCCCGCACGAUCGCCGUCUGCUCUCACACUGGCUCUGCCCAUACUACCUCCAAGUCUUGGUGGUGGUUACAGGUGGGGCGCUGCUGCUGGCGAAGGGAGUAUAGGACGAUCCGUGUCCUCCCCUAAUGCCGGCCCGUUGGUGCGCAAACAGAGCGGAUUUCUUGGGAGGAGCUGGGGCAGUGGUAGAAGCACCGGGACUGGUGCUUCCGAAGCAUGUGCGGUAGGGCAAGGAGAGAUCGAUUCUGGUCAGGGCCGAGAAGCAAAUGGAUACGGUACCUUUGGACCAUGA